GUGCGCUCACUGGCACGCCUCCCUCUCAUCUUCCUCCUCUUCCUUUUAAUCUUCUUAAUUGCGCGUCGGCACUCCGGCAGCAGAAGCACAGCGGGGGUCACGAGCAGGGCUGCAUGUAGACAGUGAGGAUGAUGAUGAUGGUGAUGCUCACGGACUGAACUUUGAAGAUGCUCGUGGAGGACUCUGCGCGUCUUCUCCGCUCUCUGUGGAAUACGUGGAACCUCCAGCGGGGCUGAUUGCUGAUUACCGUCAUGCUUUUCGAGUGAAGCUCCAAAAAAACAAACAAAUAAACAAAAAAACUGCCCCAAACAAACGGAUUACCGAGAACUGAGCUCCGCACUGCUGACAGGCUGCUGGUAGCGAUGUGAUAGAAAGGUCUCCUGCGCACACACCUCCCAGUGAUCAGAGCCGUGCGGGCUGCCGUUACGCGCGGAGGCUGCUCUGCGCUUAAGGAGCGCGUUUCAGUCUUCCUGUUUGAACUUUAUGAUCUGAACUGUGACAAAAAAAAAAGAGGGAGAAAAGUUUUUUCUGCUCCUCCUCAGACAGAAAAUGAGUAGCUGUCUCCUCAGACUGGCACUCCUCGUGGCUUGCGUCCUCUCCAUCCGCUGCACCGCUGCGCCCGGGACCGAGGCGGAGGCGCGCACGGCGUCCCGGGACACCUGCGCGUCCUGCGGCGGCGGCGCUCUGCCGGAGGAGCCGGAGUCCGGGCGGCUCGACGGGGACUUCUUAGAGGCGGUGAAGAGGCACAUCUUAAGUAGGCUGCAGAUGCGGGAGAGGCCCAACAUCACGCACCCGGUCCCCAAGGCGGCCAUGGUGACAGCCCUGCGGAAGCUGCACGCCGGGAAGCUGCGAGAGGACGGGAGGGUGGAGAUCCCCAACCUGGACGGGCAUCCGAUGAGCAACGAGGUGCUGGAGGAGAGCUCGGAGAUCAUCAGCUUCGCGGAGAAAGAUGAUCUGGUGACAUCCCAGUCCAGCCUGUUUUUCCUGAUCUCCAGCGAGGGGAACCAGAACCUGUAUGUGACGCAAGCCACCCUAUGGCUCUACUUUAAGGUGCUGCCGGCACCUUUGGAGGUGCGUGCCAGGCGGAAGGUUACGGUGAAGGUGUACUACCAGGAGCCUGGCCUUGGCAGCAAAUGGAACCUGGUGGAAAAACGAGUGGAGCUAAAACGCAGUGGCUGGCACACCAUUAUGCUGACUGAUGCUGUCCGGUUGGUGUUCGAGAAAGGUGACAGGCGACAGAACCUGGAUAUCCGCUGUGAGGGCUGCGAGGCAGAGGGUGUCUUGCCCAUUUUGCUCAAUGUCAAUGAUGAGUCCCACCGGCCUUUCCUGGUGGUACAGGCGAGGAAGGCUGACAGCAAACACCGGAUCCGGAAGCGAGGACUGGAGUGUGACGGCAGCAGCAACCUGUGCUGCCGGCAGCAAUUCUACAUAGACUUCCGACUCAUCGGUUGGAGCGACUGGAUCAUUGCACCGUCAGGCUACUACGGGAACUACUGUGAGGGGAAUUGUCCGGCUUACAUGGCCGGUGUCCCCGGUUCAGCUUCAUCCUUUCACACAGCAGUGGUGAACCAGUACCGCUUGCGGGGGAUGAGUCCGGGCUCCAUGAAUUCCUGCUGCAUCCCCACAAAGCUCAGUACCAUGUCCAUGCUCUACUUUGACGACGAAUACAACAUCGUCAAGCGCGACGUUCCAAACAUGAUCGUGGACGAGUGUGGCUGUGCUUGAGUAUGUUUUUCCUGUUUACUUAAAGUGGAACUGAAGAACUAAACAGAUUCACAAUAUUACAAAAAAAUUAAAUAUUAAAAUAUUUAUGGACGACGGAGAAAACAUGUGCACGCACAACCUCAUCCACACAUAUCUACACACCCUCAUAUAUGCCUGCACAAAAACUUGUAUAUAUAUUUAUGUUUGUUGAUAUAUUCAUAAUAUGUGUUUGAAGACUUAGUCUC